AUCCCCAUAACCUAAAACAAAAAAUUAAAUCACCAAAAAAAAAAAUGGAAGGUCACAAUUUCAUUCCAUUGCUGAUUAUAAUUCUCGUCCAAAUCUUGCUACUAGUUCCUUCUACUCUAGCAGGAAAAGUUCCAGCAAUUAUAGUUUUCGGCGACUCAUCGGUAGAUGCUGGAAAUAAUAACCAAAUUUCUACUGUUCUUAAGAGUAAUUUUGAGCCAUAUGGACGUGACUUUUUUAAUAAAAAACCUACAGGAAGAUUUUGCAAUGGUCGAAUUCCACCAGAUUUUAUAUCUGAGGCUUUUGGUUUAAGACCAUUUGUACCAGCUUAUUUGGAUCCUAUGUUUAAAAUAUCUGAUUUUGCUGUUGGUGUUUGCUUUGCUUCUGCUGGUACUGGUUAUGAUAAUGCCACUUCUGAAGUUCUUAAUGUGAUGCCUUUGUGGAAGGAAAUAGAAAACUACAAGGAGUAUCAGAAGAAACUAGAAGCAUAUGCGGGCAGAAAGAAAGCAAAAUACAUAAUACAAGAAGCAUUAUAUCUUGUCAGCAUGGGAACAAACGAUUUCUUGGAAAAUUAUUAUUUAAUGUCGAGCAAACGUGCAUCUCAAUACACAACAGAACAAUUUCGAAGUUUCCUUAUUGAUCUUGCAGAGAAUUUUAUCAAGCAAAUUUAUCAUCUUGGUGCUAGGAAAAUAUCCUUAACUGGACUUCCUCCUAUGGGUUGUUUACCUUUAGAAAGGGCAACUAAUUAUUUUGGAGGAAAUGGAGAUGGAUGCAAUGAGAAAUAUAAUGAUUGUGCAGUGCAUUUUAAUGAGAUGUUGAGUGGUUUGGUGAAGAAAUUAAAUGGGGAGCUUCCUGGGAUUAAAGUGGUUUUCUCUACCCCAUAUGAUCUCAUACUUCAAAUGAUCAAAAAUCCUUCUUCAUUUGGAUUUGAGGUUGCAGGUGUAGCAUGUUGUGGCACAGGAUUAUUUGAAAUGAGUUAUUUGUGUGAUAACUUAAACCCAUUCACAUGCUCAGACGCAAAUAAGUACGUCUUUUGGGAUUCUUUCCAUGUCACGGAGAAAACAAAUCUCAUUAUCACCAAUUUCUUGAUGAAAAAUGUCCUUAAUGAAUUUUUAUAGUUCAUCAGCUGGAAGUUGAUAUCAAGGAUUUUGUAUGUAGAUUAAGAGCAUUUAUACGUUGUCUCGUUUUUAAUUAGUAGUUUAUUUAAUUUGCUAGAAUGUAUUAUCCAGAGUUUGAAAAUAAAAAUACUCCUAUUGUAUAUCAUAUCAAGAAGGUGAUAUCUGUACUUUUCAUUUUCGACACGUUAAUUAAAUAAUCAGUAAUGUAAUUUGUCUUGGA